GGACGUUGGUUGAAAAGUUUCCGCGCGCGCCACAAGUGUUCAGAUACAGGACCGUCGCAACAGUUCGCGUGCCGCCAGCAGCGCAUGUUUCGUCUGACGCCGCCGUUGUCGCUUACUGAAGGCCUUACUCUUCGGGGCCGCCACACGAUACGCGCAGACCGCGUAUACGGACGCGCUUGACGUUAUCUCGACUGACCGUUAUUUUCGUCUCGUUUACGAACCAUGACCGUUUGAGUGCUGUUCGUCAAUCACAAUAUCGUACCUAUUAUGCGCGGCGCAGACGAGCGCGAAACGUUCGCAGUGUUUGUGCAGUGAAACGACUACUAUACGUCACGCGUCCGCCGACCGUAACAAUAAUAUUGACACCGCGCCGACAACACGUAGUGACAUUACCAUCACGUACGCGCUCACGUGAUGUCAUCCGCCGACCGGGUGUUCGAACGACGGGUCGUGUCCAAGCGAAGGACGUCCGCCAACCUGGAGGACACGCCGGAGAAGCAGUGCCCGAACGGUUGGGCCAGCGUCGUCGCUGCCGCCGCGGCAGCCGCGUCGUCUUCGUCCACGUCGUUCCGGCAAAAGACGGCCGCCAAGAUCUCGCAGAGGACGACGUUUCAACCGCAUCCCGAUUCCAUUUGCGAUUGGUUCUUCAAAGUGAUGGUACUCGGUGAUUCCGGAGUUGGAAAGACUUGCCUGUUGGUCCGUUUCAGGGACGAUAUGUUUUUGGGAGGCAAUUAUAUUUCUACUGUUGGUGUAGACUUCAGGAAUAAAAUUAUAUCUGUUGAUGACUCCAAAGUCAAGCUACAGAUAUGGGACACUGCAGGUCAAGAAAGAUUUAGAAGCGUAACACACGCUUACUAUAGAGAUGCUCAUGCACUUUUACUUUUGUACGAUGUAACUAACAAAGUAAGUUUUGACAACACACGAGCAUGGUUGAGUGAAAUUCGAGAUUAUGCUAAUGAUCAAGUAGUCAUAAUGUUAAUAGGAAAUAAAGCUGAUUGCAAUUUAAAUGAUAGAAUGGUGAAAAGAGAAGAUGGAGAACAAUUAGCUAAGGAAUAUUCAAUCACUUUUAUGGAGACCUCUGCAAAAUCGGGCUUAAAUGUCGAAAUAGCUUUUAUGGCUGUUGCGAGGGAGUUAUUAUUCAAAAAAACAGGGAUAGAAAAAAAACGAUCUUUUAAUGUACAAGAUUAUGUGAAAGAACAAACUAAAACCAAUUGUCCUGCAUGCUCUACAGCAUAAUACAUUUUAUGAUUUUCAAAAACAAUAAACUGGAUACACGAAAAAUUGAAAAAUAAGAUUCUACACAUAAGAAUACGAAUACCUGAUUGUUUAUAUAUCGUUUUAUUCGUCAUACGAUAAUCACCAAGAUGAAUCUAUACCACUAAAAUGUGAGACUAGCUUAAUAAAUAUUUUAUAGUUAGUUAUCUUAUAAAAAUAUAAAUAUAAUUUGUUGUUAAAUAGUUUGUUGUUUCUAAAAUAUUUACUACACAUAUAUAUACGUAUAUACAUAAUACAUAUAGAUAGUUAUCGGUAACUACAUCGUAAAAUGAUUUUAAUGAUAAGUUCCUAAAAUCAACUACCAAGUAACAAUAAUCAUCAGGUCGCAGUUAAUAUCUACAGACUAUAAAAUAUAAUAUUAAUGUAAAGUAGUAAUAGUUAUUAAAAUAACAAUAACCAUAAAUGUGUUAAUAAUUUA